UUUUUUUUUUUUUUUUCUUGUUUCACCCUUUUUCUCUUGUCCGUCCUCGCCGGCAAGCCCCACUCAAAACACAAACACACACAACAAUCACAAACACACACCCCCUCUGCUUCCAUCCAUGGCGACCGGUACCAGUGCCGUGAUGGCUGCGAUUGCUGACUCGGAGCGCCAGACAGUCAAUCUGCCCUUGCUCGAUACGUUGGCGCUCGAAUUUCUCUUUCAAGAGGGCAUCCUGCUCCAGCGACCCGAGACGCUCCUCGGCUCUUCAUCAACUUCAUCUUCAUCAUCAUCAUCGAAUCAAGCUGCUCGCUCGCGGACUGAGGUGACGCCGCAGCUGCUCCGCGUCCCAACUCGCGCGGCUGCGUCGGACAUCAGUCUCGCAACUGGAGCCGCGUCCGACGCGCAGCAGCCAAGCCAGCAGCAGCAACCGUCUGCGCAACAGCAGACCCAGCCGGAAGCCAGGUCGCCGCCAAGCCCCAGUCUGCGGUCGUCUGCACGGUCGUCUGUCGCCGGGUCGUCGUCGUCAGGCGAGGAUUCUCGCAGCGCUUCCCCUUCGCCGAGCGCCGAGGCACUGGCGGCCCUCGCGCAGCGGCAGUCCCCGUCGGCCCAGUCCAUGCUCAUUCGGUGGGCUUCAAGCCAGGCCCAAGCGCAGGCGCGGUCGCUGUCCGACGAGGAAAAGCUCGAUGCCAUCCAGCGCAUCCAACGCGACAUUUUGCAGGGCUGCAUUGAUGACGCGCUCGCGAGCAUUGAGACGUGGCUGCCAUUGCUCCUCCAGGACUCCAGGCUGCACUUUGACUUGCUGCACCAACAAUUCCUGGAGAUGGUUCGACGCGGCGACACCCAGCAAGCGCUCGAGUUUGCGCGAUCUACUUUUGCUGUGGCUGCCCAACGCGCGCACGCCGAUGCCUACUCCCAAUUCAAGCGCGCGUUUUGCUUGCUGACCUUUACGGGGCCUUCGUCCUUGUCGCGUGGCACCUCAGGAUCUGGGUCUGGGUCUGGGUCUGGAUGUGCAACAGCAACUGCAGACGAUGCCGCGUCCGACGCGUCUCGAGCAGGGACAGCAUCCCUGAGUCGCUCAGACUCGCUCGUGUCGCUGGAAACCCAGUCGCUCAACGAGUUUUUGGCUCGGAUUCCACCUGCACUGCACGACUUGUACGACAAGGAGCGUCGCGAAAAACUUGCGGCUGCCGUACACACUGCGCUACUUCAUGGCUUGGGCUUCCCCUUUGCACGCUUUUCCAUUGCCAUUCGUCACCUGGCGCUUGUGCACAACAUGUACCACGUUCUCAACGGCGGCCAGAGCCCCCAUGCGGACAUUGAGCGCUUUCUGAUUCCCGACCCCUCUGGCGUCUCAACGGCCUACACGGUCCCUUCUGCGCCCCACCCAGUGAGCCACCCAAUCUCAGAGCACAACAUUCAAACCCUCGUCCAGUCACUUUGCAUUCCGCGACACACAGCGCUGGCCUCGCUGCGAGCUGCGCGCGGCAAUCUGGAAGAGGCAAUGCGCACCUCCCUCAUGGCCAUGCCAGUCAACCGGGAUCUCUUGGUUCAGCUCAUUCUUGACUACUGCCAGUAUCGCGGGCUGGUGAAUGCGGCGAAUGCAGACGAGCUGCUGUGCAGUCGCAACAUGCUCAAGCAAUUCCGCGAGGAGGAGCGCCAGCGCCUUCAAGCGCGGCCCGUGCUUGCUGCGACCCAGACUGCCACUUCGAGCCUGUCCCAGGACGACUUGAUGGCCAAGCUGCAGCUCGUCCGUGAGCAUGCCCGCGACGGCGAUGCCCCGGCAGUUGUCGCACUCGUCAACGAACUCGAUCCCAAAUUCCUCACGCACAACCCAACGCUGAACUUUCAAAUGUACAAUGCGCUCUUCAUCCAUUAUGUCGAGCUGAAGCAGUCGGACAAGGCUCUCGAGAUUGCGAAAACCCACCUCGCGCCGGCCACGAUGACAUCCACUGAUUUGAUGGCCCGCUUCAAGCGCAUUUUGAUUUGGGCGACGCUUUAUCGCAGACAGGGCCAACUUCCGUCACCCGCCUUCUCCUUUGCAGUCAUUAAGGAGCAGCAGAUUUCCGCCAUCGCGCGGCCCAUUUUCACUGCGCUGUGCGAUGCCGUGGGGAUUGUCGAGCCCCGUCUUGUGAAAAUCAUGCGCUACAUGCUGCAUGUCCACACUGCCUCCUUCCGCCAGCAGCAAGUUGGAGAUCCGUUCGAACGUCCGUUCGCGAUUGUUGAUCUCAAGCGCUCAACAUGGUGGCCGUCUGUCGCGCCGGGAUUCUCGGUGUCUUCUUCUUCUCAUGGUGGCAGCGGUGGCAGCGGCGGUGGCAGCGGCAAUGUCGGAGGCAAUAACAGUGGCAGUGGCAGUGGCAGUGGCAGCACCAGCAGCGGGCUUGCGUGGAGCGGCACUGGCAGGACUGGCUUUGCGACGACAACAACAGAGAGUGCCAGCGGCAGUGGCAGUGGUAGCGGUGGUGGUGGUGGUGGCCUCAGUCGCACGGCUCUGGGCUCCGGUAGUACGACCACGCGCAGCCUUGGCUCUAGCAAUACCAAUGACGCUGCUGGCUCUGGCCCGAGCGCGCUGCCUUCCAUGACCGACUCCAUCCGAUCGACAAUCACCCGUUCUCGAGACAUGACGAGUCUGAUGGAGCGCAUGUACAAUGACGCUACUUCUGCGGCUGCGUCAAUCGUUGCCCGUGGACCGGCACCCGGCACUCCGACGCGCGCCUCCUCGAUGAUGCGCGCAGCGGCUGCAGUCGAUCGCAGCCGUCGGGAAGAGGCCAACUUACUCUCCCAGCAACAGCAACCGCAGCAGCAGCAACAACAGCAACGCGCGGGACUAUCGCAACGACCGCACCGUACGCUGCCAAGUGAGGAUCCGGCAAGAAUUUUAGCAAGACUGGACUUUGUGGAGCGCAUGACUGAAUUGGCCAGAUCCGAGUCGCCUUUUCAGCACGACGAUGACUUUAUGGCAGAGCUCCUUGCUAGUGCGCGCCAGCUAGACGAACGGAGAGCUACCGACCCGUCCCGCCAGCAGCAGCAGCAGCAACGACAGCGGUCGAAUCGCUCCUUCUUUAGUGCGUCCAAUGAGCCCGAGGAAGGCGUGUCGCGAAGUGCACCAAGGCGGACGGAAGCCAGUCAGACCGAAGCGAUUCAGACGUUGAUGCAAAUCCUUGCCAUUCCACAAAACGACGCUGAAAGUCUGCUCGAGCAGCACGACGGUGAUAUUCAAGCUGCCGUUGCUGCUCGGUUGUCGUAGAGCCCUGUCCAGCUGUUUGGAUGUUUUGCUGGUUUUGGCGUGUUUGUGCUUUUCAGGUCGCGUUUGCAACACAAACGACGAAAUUGGGCACCUUUGUGGUUGUUUGAUGCUCUGCACGAUUUCGAACAGUUGCUUUUUGAACACAACAAUAAAACCAAUCUCCACUACGCA